AUGGCUGUCCAAGGAGAUGAGCAGUCCAUCCUUCGGGAUCCGGCUCUCUUUUACUGGAUUCUGUUCCCUAUCACUGUGGUUAUGAUCCUAACUGGAAUCCUACGCCACUAUGCGACUGUCCUGAUGAACACGCCCCCCAAGUCCUCCUCCACCCUCGCUGAAUCGCGCGAACGUCACGCCCUUCUCCGUGGCGUUAACCUCCGCAACCAUGCUUGCGCCGUCUUGGAUCGCGAAGCCUUCGAGGCACGGAAGAACUACCUGGUCUCGGGCUUUCGCAGUGGUUCCUUCUUGAAGGACCCCGACAACCGUGGCCAGCCGCCGGCGAACCCGAUGACCGAUCCGAAGGGAAUGGAGGCUAUGAUGGGCAUGUUGAAGGGCAACAUGAUGAUGAUGAUCCCGCAGACCUUGAUCAUGAGCUGGAUCAAUGCCUUCUUCUCGGGCUUCGUGAUUUUGAAAUUGCCUUUCCCUUUGACCAUUCGCUUCAAGUCGAUGCUGCAGUCUGGUGUCAUGACUCGGGACUUGGAUGUGCAAUGGGUGUCAAGUCUGUCGUGGUACUUCCUCAACCUCAUGGGCUUGCAGUCCGUGUUUGGCUUUAUCCUCGGCAGUGAUAAUGCUGCCAACCAGAUGGCCCAGCAGGUGGGCAUGGCCAACCCCGCUGCCAUGAUGAACCCCAUGCAGCCUGGUCAGGACCCCGACAAGCUGUUCUUGGCCGAGGCCGAGAACCUGGAGGUCAUGGAGCACUUCUCCAUUCUGAACGGAAUCGAGGAGCGAGUCCUGCAGAACUUCCUAACUGCUGUGAACUAA